AAGGAGGCAACCUCUUGAAGCCUUCCUCCUCGUCUUCGCCGUUAAUCUCACUUCAUCUGCUACUGUACGUGGGUGUGGACCCGUCUAAGGACCAGCGCCACCUGCUUUUACUCCGGGAUCCCAGCAGCUUGUUGUCAGUCUCGCCGAUCUGGGCUGACUGACUUUGGUGGAAGGUGAGGAGGAUGUCCAACAACAUGGCCAAGAUUGCAGAUGCAAGAAAGACAGUGGAGCAGCUGAAGCUGGAGGUUAACAUCGAGAGGAUGAUGGUUUCCAAGGCAGCAGCCGAUCUGAUGGCCUACUGUGAAGCUCACGCCAAAGAGGACCCUCUGAUGACCCCGGUCCCUUCCUCCGAGAACCCCUUCAGAGAGAAAAAGCUGUUCUGCGUGAUCCUGUAACUGUGCACCGUGGAAAUCAGCAAUGACAACCAUCUCUCUUUCUUUUCUUAUGCUUUUGUUAGAUUUUGUUUUAGAUUUAAAUGACUCUUGGUGACAAAUCACGUGGGAUAUUAUCUUUUGAACAUGAUAAUAACGGCAAUAAAGUUUUAUUAAAAAAAAAAAAGGGUGCAAAGUUCAUUUGAACAGACCUACAGGGCUGCAUUUCCCUGAGCACACGGUUUACAUAUUAACUACAUCCUCUAUUUAACCUGUCACUGAAUGCUUUUUGUCUUCCAGAGAUGUAAUACAGUAAGAAAAAUAACAUCUCGUAUACCUAUUUCCACGUGAAUUCAUGUCAUAGAUGAAUUUGAUUUAUCAAAGUAAAAAUGUCAGGUAAAUACUUGUUGUCAAGAGAUGUGGUAGUGCUCUAAAUAUACUCCCUCGACAAUAUACUUGGUGUGAGACGGGUGCUC